AUGGCGGGAGCGGCGCGGAGCGGGGACAGGAGAGGGACUCUUCGCCUCAGAGGCGGGCUGAGUGCGCGCCCCUCGGCCGGGCCGGCGCCGCGGGGCCGCUCCGCCGCUGCCUGCAGCCUGACACAAACACCCGAGGGGCGGGAGAGGGCCGGGGGCGCGCACUCCCUCCCUCCCUCGCUCGCUCACGCUCUCGUUCACCGACGCGCUGCGGCCCCGACCACUCCGCCCACGCAGCCCACUGCCAUGGAGACCGGUACCACGCGCCGUCUCCCUCCGCCAGGCAGCGCGCGGGGAGGGGGCGAACGGGAGCCGCCGCCGCCGCCGCGCGGCAAAGAGUCCGGCCGCGGCGGCACCGGCUCCCGAGAUGGGCCCGCACCAGCACCCUGCGGCAGCGCCUCCUGCCAGCAGCAGGGCGGGCCGGGGGCCUCGGACGUGCGCGGAAGUUCUAUCACCGCAGAGCGACUGUCCCCCGCGGAGGUCGCCUCCCGCCAGGUGAAUAGAGCACCCCACCAUGCCUGGUAUUGCCUUCAGAACGUUCUUGAUACCAUUCCUGCUGUUGCUGCAAGCACACAAAGGGGAAAGAUUUAAGUUGAUUGCAUUUGCAAAUCAUUCCAGCCAUACCUGCACUAGAAAACACUGCAGUUCACAGGGUGCUACUCUAUCAGUGCUUACAAUAGUAAGGAGCACUACUGAGCCUCCGUGUGAGGUUUCACAGUCCUUUUAUAGCCUAGAAUAGAUAAGCACUCACAGCACACUCAAAUUCCUACAUUACUUUCUGUUCCAGUUAAUGAUACAUCACCAAAAGGUGUCUAAACAAAUUUAAAAAUUUGGUUUUCAAUACAUCCCCUUCCUCAGAAGCUUGCUGACAUCUUAAAAUAUUAACCUAUCCAU